UCAGGCCUCUCACAUGCGUUCCCCUCUCUGCCCACUGCACACACUACACUUAUAUCAGAGAUGAGGAGGAUUAGGUGACUGAGAGCAGUGUUGUUUUCACCCCCAGAGAAGAGAGAGGCCAGGAGAGAAGCCAUGGAGUUGAAGGUGCAGGGUAAGAGGAAGCGGGACUCCUAUGUCAGAGUUUUAGGAUGGCCAGUGAAGGCUCCACUAUUCCUAGCCCCGUGGUCCGCCAGAUUGACAAGCAGUUCUUGAUCUGCAGCAUAUGUCUGGACCGCUACGAAAACCCCAAAGUACUGCCCUGCCUGCACACCUUCUGUGAGAGGUGCCUGCAGAAUUACAUCCCGGCCCACAGCCUCACACUGUCGUGCCCCGUGUGCCGCCAGACCUCGAUCCUGCCGGAGAAGGGUGUGGCGGCAUUGCAGAAUAACUUCUUCAUUACCAACCUGAUGGACGUGCUGCAGCGGGAGCCGGGCAGCUGCAGCCAGGAGGCCGCCGCUCUCAACAACAUCACCGCUGUGGCUACAGGCCAACUGCUCUCAUGCCCCAAUCAUGGAGGCAACGUCAUGGAGUUUUACUGUCCUCCAUGUGAGACGGCCAUGUGUCAGGAGUGUACAAGCGGCGAACAUGGAGAACAUCCAACUGUGCCUCUUAAAGACGUAGUGGAACAACACAAGGCCUCAUUGCAGGACCAGCUAGACGCCGUCAAGAAGAGGUUACCAGAGAUCGACUCAGCCCUGCAGACACUGUCAGAGAUCCUGCAGCAGCUGACCAACCAGAAGAGCUCCAUUGAGGAUGACAUCCACACCACCUUCGAUGAACUGCAGAAGACCCUCAAUGUCCGAAAGAGUGUUUUGCUCAUGGAGCUGGAGGUCAACUAUGGCCUGAAGCAGAAGGUGCUCCAAGCCCAGCUGGACACCCUGCUGCAGGGCCAGGAGGGCAUCAACAGCAGCUGUAACUUCACGGAGCAGGCUCUGAGCCACGGCACUGAGGCCGAGGUGCUGCUGGUGAAGAAGCAGAUGAGCGAGCGUCUCAUUGAGCUGGCCAGCCAGGAGCUUCCUCUGCAGCCCGGAGAGAACGACCAGCUGGACUUCCUCGUGGAGACAGACGGACUAAAGAAGUCCAUCCAUAACCUGGGCACUAUUGUAACGACUAACGCGGUGGCCUCCGAGUCUGUGGCCACUGGUGAAGCGUUACGGCACUGUGUGGUGGGCGUACCCACCUCCAUCACCAUAACCACUAAGGACAAAGAUGGAGAACUGUGCAAGAUGGGUAACGCAGUCAUAACUGCUGAAAUCUCCUCACCUGAUGGUAGCAAAGGUGAAGGAGAGAUACUGGACAACAAGAAUGGCACUUAUGAGUACCUGUUCACAGCCCCUAAAGAGGGGGCUUUUAAUUUAUCACUGCGUUUAUAUGACCAACAUAUCAAAGGAAGCCCCUUUAAGAUUAGGGCCACCAAGUCUAUAGAUGUGUCACCAACUUCGGACGGCAUGAAGAAGAGGCUGAAGUCUCCAGGCAGUGGGCACAUCAAGCAGAAGGCCAUCAAGAGGCCGGCCAGUAUGUACAGCACAGGGAGGAGGAAAGAGAACCCCAUCGAGGACGACCUCAUCUUCAGAAUCGGCACAAAAGGAAGAAACAAAGGGGAGUUCACUAACCUGCAGGGAGUGGCUGCCUCCGCUCUGGGAAAGGUGCUGAUCGCAGACAGCAACAACCAGUGUGUCCAGAUUUUCUCCAACGAUGGCCAGUUCAAAAGUCGUUUUGGGAUCCGGGGCAGGACUCCGGGUCAGCUGCAGCGGCCGACCGGUGUGGCCGUCCACCCAAAUGGUGACAUCAUCAUUGCCGACUAUGACAACAAAUGGGUCAGCAUCUUUUCAAGUGAGGGCAAGUUUAAGAACAAGAUUGGCUCAGGGAAGCUGAUGGGCCCUAAAGGCGUGUCAGUGGACAGGAACGGCCACAUCAUCGUGGUCGACAACAAGGCCUGCUGCGUCUUCAUCUUUCAGCUCAACGGCAAGCUGGUCACCAAGUUCGGUAACCGAGGCAACGGUGACAGGCAGUUUGCAGGUACACUAAAUGGCCCUCAUUUUGCUGCUGUCAACAACAACAAUGAAAUCAUCGUGACAGAUUUCCACAAUCACUCAGUCAAGGUGUUCAACACAGAGGGAGAAUUCUUGCUGAAGUUUGGGUCUAACGGUGAGGGCAACGGCCAGUUCAACGCGCCCACAGGAGUGGCAGUGGAUGUUAAUGGUAACAUCAUAGUAGCAGAUUGGGGCAACAGUAGGAUACAGGUGUUUGAUGGCAGCGGUUCGUUCCUCUCUUACAUCAACACAUCAGCAGACCCUCUGUACGGCCCGCAGGGACUGGCUCUCACCUCUGACGGACACGUUGUGGUCGCCGAUUCCGGCAACCACUGCUUCAAAGUCUACCGCUACCUGCAGUAGCUCCUCUCUCCCUCAACGCACAAACUGUACCGUGCACAUAAACACACAUACACAUGUUAGUAUGGAGCGACUGGCAGAUUUUUUUGCCCUCAUCCACUCACCCGUUCAUCUUUGAAUCGUGCUGUUGUUGUGCCAUCUGUUUGACUGUUCCCCACGUGUGGCGUUCUGCUUCACCCCAUGACGCUGAAGAAAACAACCGAGAGAAAAAUUUUUUAGUGGUGUGAAUGAAGCAAAAAGGAUCUGAGAUAUUCGCAGACGGCUGCUGCUGACUGGUGCUUUGAGGAGUCACCCAUAACCUUGUUCACAUUCCAUCUUAACUGCGCUGAUUUGAAAAAAAUUAAACUUUAGUAUUGUACAUAUGUUAGAUCUUUUGAUUUGUUGUGACAUGGCAGGAAAACUGGAAUAUAAUGCUAUUGCACUUGUUCUUAAAAAAGUACUGGUUGGGCACUGUGUUAAGUGAAAUUGACAUUAAAGUAAAGAAGUUACCCGAGUCACCUGGAAAUGAAUGUGAAUUCUAUUUAUAGUUUCGGUAACUGCAGCUUCCUGUUUAAUGCUCUUCACCUUUUGCCUGCUCAAUAUAAAAGACAGAUCUUCCACCUACUGUAGGUAGCAGGGUAUUUUCAAGCAUGAUUAGGCAUCUCUGUGCAUGCUGUUUUUACUAAUACACACCUGAAAAGCUACUGUGCACAAUAUAUAGAUAUGUUUCAAGUGGACACUUACCAACAUCACCAAAAGAAACUUUGAAUGGAGGCACUGUUUCAAUUACAAUACUUCUAUCUAUGUGUGAAAAUUAAUAGUCAGUGUAAUUGUCAUCACUUUAAAUUAACUAAUAAUAUGGUGACAAUUUCUACUUCACUGGUUUUGCAAAAACACAUAGUGUUUGUGUGUGCAAGACAAGUGUGAAUGUGUGUGUGUGUUGUGAUUAAUCAAGGUACCAAACAUGAGCAGCUUUAUGUGCUGACUUCUGCUGUGUAGUGUGUGUAUGAAGCCUCUUGACAUUUUGAUUAUGUGCAAACAUCUUAGAAUUUCUUGCAGCAUUUGAGGAAAUAGCUAAAGAGCUGAAAAUACACUCAGUAGGACACAUCAGGGUUCAUUCAAGCUGCAGCAUAGAGGUUUGAUCCAACAACAUCAAACGCAGAUUGCAGAACUGUGGUCACUAUCACUCCUUACCACGUGCUCUUAUGUCUUUCAGAAAAAUCUGUAGAACUACUAGCAAGUUGUAUUUUAGUAAAACAAUUUGUCUGUCCUGAUGCAAUAUGUAGUUCAACAGUUGAGGUGUAUGUUGUAAAAUUGCACUGUGCUACCAUUUGAAAGCCUUGGUCAAAAAUACUUUGUCUUUAAGCACACAGUUUUCAUUGGGUAUCCUGAAUUUGGUCAUUCAUUUUCUACACAAUCCUGUUAAAUUAUUUGUUUUCCAUUGUCUUGUUUAUCUUUGUAAUGCCAAAUGGAAUUAAAGUGCCCAUAGAAAAGA